AUGAUCAAUUUGAUGAAGUAUGCAUUAUCAUUUGCUGCUCUGGCAUUUUUCAUUACACCAACAGUAUCAGACCCAUGCGUCAACAUCGUCAAGAAGCAGACAGAAAAUAAAUCAUAUGAUGAUGUUAAAGCGUGUUUUCUGAGCAAUCCGUUUAAUAUCAGCAUAGCGAAUAACGCACUUAUGACGUUACACGAAUUGUUCGAGGAUUUCUACAUUUUCACAGAUCAGUCUAAAGAACCUCCGGAAAACGGAUUCGACUUUACGCCGAUGGAUAUUCUAAAAACUCUUGACACAUUCCUCGAUAACAAAAAUUACACCACUGAUUUUGAAUUUAAUAAAGACUUGCGCCUUACCAUUAAGAAGCUACGCGACGGUCACACGGACUUUCUAGCUGGUUGCUAUUUAAAUGACGUGAUUUUUGACCAACAAAUAUAUUUAUACUCCGUUGUUGAAAACGGAAAACAGUUAAUAAAAGUUUUCGAUGAUACGAUUGAUCGGAGUAAUGUAAAUUGUGAGGUGACACAGAUAAAUUCGAAACCCGCUCUUCAAGUUAUAACGGAGUUCGCUCGAACACAGUUGUCCACGUCAAGAGAUCUAGGAGUUCGAUUUAAUGAUGCACUCGUCUCCCUAGUGCGAAAAUGGGAUAUUACCACAAGCAACUUUUUAAAUUGGAAUGACACAAAAACUUUUCAACAAUUCUGUUCUUCAACGUUAUUUCUCACAAGUCCUGUAGAGCCGAAGAGUGCCUUGAAUUCCACUUAUGGAAAGGCCAAAUCGGUAUAUUCGGGAGCAGCGAGUGCCUAUACUAUAGGAAAGGAUCUCGGAAUAAUCGAGGUUGGAACAUUUUCCUUCAAAAGUGUUCAUUCCUUUCUAGAAAUCCAAUAUAAAGAGGCGUUCCAGGAGUUAGCAAAAAGAAAAGUUAAAAAGGUUGUGAUAGAUUUCUCAAAUAAUCCUGGUGGAGCUCUCGUUUAUUCCAUUUUCCUUAGCGGAUUAUUGAUUCCUUCUAAACACAUUGCAUUCCCAACCGACAUUAGAGUUCCACCGAUAAUUCAACGGGCGAUUCAACAGGAAAGUCAAUCUAAA